CCUUCGCCUCUGAGAGGAGAGCCAAAUGAGCUCCCACACUCUGAGUGAGCUGAUCCUGAGGAAAUGGCAGAGGCUGGCGAGCAAGGGGAGGAGGAAGAGGAGCAAGGGGCACUUUGUGGUGUAUGCCAAGGAAGGGAAGAGGUUUAUGGUUCCUUUGAAGUACUUGGAACACCCCAUAUUUCAGGUGCUGCUGGAGAUGGCAGAGGAGGAGUUCGGGACGGCCAGUGAUGGGCCACUGAGGGUGCCCUGCGAGGAGAAGCUGAUGGAGCACAUCGUCUCUCUCUUGAAGGCAGCUCGACCGGGCAAGGAUGCGGUGCAGAGGAGCUUCCUUUUCUUCCCUUCCCUUCGGAAUAAUGUCCUCAACAAUGGUUGUCAAAGUGGCAUUACAGUAAUCUAAACUUCAUCUUGGAUGCUACUAGUAAUAAGAUUAGAUGUUUUGUACAAUCUUCUUCGCUUGUAAAUCUAUCUGCAGGAAGAGAAGGAUGAAGAAACUGUUGGAUU